AGAACCUGCCGAGCUCUGGAGGACCCAAGAAGUCCAUGGACUUUUCUAGGCCUAGCUUUAGCCCCUGGAGGUGGCUCACCCUUGUGGCCAGUUUGCUGACCUGUGGGAUCUGCCAGGCUUCUGGUCAGAUCUUCAUCAGCCCAGACUCACUCUUAGGAGUGGAGAAGUACCGGACCAUCCUGACCUUAGAAAAUGUCCCAGAAGAUGUCCUGGAGUACAGCUGGUAUCGGGGCAAGGACAACAGUACAGAAAACAUGAUUUUCAGCUAUAAACCUCCCAAUACCCGACACCCUGGACCCUCGUACAGUGGACGUGAGAAUGUGACCCGUGCAGGUAGCCUGGUGGUGAGGAUGUCGGCGGUAAAUGACACAGGCUACUAUACUGUUGAAGUGGACACUAGCAACGAGACCCAAAGAGCAACUGGCUGGCUCCAGAUCGUAAAGUUGAGAAGCAAUCCAGGCAUCUCAGCCAAUACCAGUGCCCUGGUGGAGGGCAUGGAUUCUGUGGUUGCCAAAUGUCUUACCAACUCCUCGAACAUCAGUUGGUAUGUGAAUUUUGUACCAACCUCAGGCAGUAACCGCAUGACGAUUUCCCCGGAUGGCAAGACUCUGAUCAUCCACAGAGUCAGUCGUUAUGACCACACUCUUCAGUGUGCCAUAGAAGAUGUGCCAGAAAUACUCCAGAAAAGUGAGCUGAUUCAAUUGACUGUGGCCUAUGGUCCAGACUAUGUGUCACUGUGGACCCAGCCCUAUUUCUUUGCUGGUGUGCUGACUGCUGAUAUUGGUUCCAGUGUGCAGCUGGAAUGUAACUGUUUCUCCAAGCCGGAGCCCAGGUACCACUGGAUCCAUAACGGCUCCUUCCUAAGCAUCCCAGAGAAUAACAUGACCCUCCCCAGUCUCUCCUGGGAGCAGAUGGGCAGUUACCGGUGUGUUGUGGAGAAUCCGGAGACCCAGCUGACCUUCUACAGAGAUGUCACCAUCCAGCCACCUCGGCCACCACUGCCUACUGUGAACAGAGAGCUCUACAUCCCAGGACCCUUGGUGAUAUUUCUCAUCCUAUUGACAUCCCUGGGAGGUGCCUUUGUGUGUCGAGUCCUGGUCUACAGCCUGUUCCAAUCCUGCUCCAGAGGAAAAACUUGUCAUAAGUGUCCAUGGCAGACCAACUAGGCAAGGAGAUGAUGGAGAGAGACAAAGGAGAAUGAGUCUCCUGUGGGGACCGGCUGAACUGCACCAGCACCAGGUGUCUCUGGAACAUUCCAGGAAGGGAACCAUCCCAGGUUUAGUGAGCUGAAGAAAUCUGGGCUUCUGGAUAAAUUGGAAGACUCCCUGUGGGACCUGGACAAGGGGUGACAUCACAGGGAGCCUGGCCAUUAAUACCAUCUGCUAAUCAGAGCUGGCCAAGCUGGGGCAGAUCGUGUAAGAGCUCCAGGAUCUAAUUCUAGGCACCGCCCCCCAUCCCCCCAGUUUCCAGCUCCACAUCCUUACUCUGACACUAGGGGAUCUUGAAAGAUUCUUCAAAGAUGCGCAGAUACCAAUGACAGAGAAAUGAAGCCAUUUUAAGUUCAGACAACUGGUGUCAGUUGCUUAAAUGGGUCCUACACACAGGUUUAAGAAGCACACUGGUAGAAAGGCUUCUCAAUGAGGAAGGUAGUUGCCUUCUAAUUAUAGAUGAAUACACAAAGCUACAUCUGAUAGGGCCACAGAGGCACAGAGAUGGGGUCAGAAACAGAAAGAACAGAUCAGGGGCUGGAGGAAGAGUAUAUACUGCCUUUGCAAAGAUCCCAAGUUGGGCUCCCAGCACCCAUGUUGGGCAGCUCACAAUCACCUGUAACUCCAACUACAGGUUAUCUGAUGCUCUCAUCUGAACUCAGCAUGAACUGCAUUCACACACACACACACACACACACACACACACACACACUUGAAAAUAUAUAUGAAUAUAUAAGAAA